CUCAUUACAGAAAACUUAGAAAACAUUCUUCUUUAUUACAAUUAGUUGAAAUGGGAAAGAUAAGGACACUGAUGCUUCUAGUGCUGGUACUUUUCUCAGCACUAGCGGCCUCUGUUAGUGGCUACGAAGAUGAAGGGAGAAGGAGCGAAAGAGGAGAGGAAGAAAGUGAGCAAAAGACUCAAGGAGAAAAAUGGUUCUUGCUACGUCACUUGCACAAUGUUGUGAAGACUGAUGCGGGGUCUAUGAGAUUGGUGAAGGGUGGCUAUCGAAGGGGUUCUUUUUUGCAUAGUCCAAUGCAUAUUGGUUUCAUCUCCAUGGAACCUAAUAGCCUCUUCAUCCCUCAGUACCUUGAUUCCGAUCUUGUCCUCUUUGUUCACCAGGGGGAAGCAAGAGUUGGACACAUCUAUAGGGAUCAAUUAGCAGAAAGGAAAUUGAAGCAUGGAGAUGUGUACACAAUUCCUGCUGGGUCAGCUUUCUAUUUGGAGAAUAGAGUUGAAAAUCAAAGACUUCAGAUAAUUUGUAGUAUUGAUAUUACCUCAGAAUCCAUGGGAUGGAAUGCUUUCCAGUCAUUCUUCAUUGGUGGCGGUCCUGCAUCCAUUCUUGCUGGAUUCGAUCAUACCACAUUAUCAACUGCUUUUAAUGUCUCAACAGCAGAAUUAAGCACGUUCUUGACCAGGAAAACUUCCGGGCCAAUCGUGCAUCUGUCUGGAUCUCAUCUCACAAACAUUUGGUCCAGAUUCUUGGCUCAAGAACCCCACCUGAGACUAGCUCACUUGAAGAGGAUAGUGAAUUUCGAGGAAGGAUCUAGCCCCAAAGAGGAGGAGUCAACAUGUUCAUUUAGGAAAUUUUUGUUUACUCUAUUAAACAGGGAAGACGUUGUCAAGAGAGUGAAUCACAAAGCUCCAUCCACAUACAAUCUCUACGACAGGAAACCUGAUUUCAAGAAUGACUAUGGAUGGAGCAAGAAGUUGGAUGAAUCUGAUUAUUCUCCUCUAAAACAGUCUGGCAAUGGUGUUUAUCUUGUCAAUCUAUCCCCGGGAUCCCUGAUGGCACCUCAUGUCAAUCCAACUGCAAUAGAGUAUGGAAUAGUGUUGAAAGGGACUGGUAGGAUCCAAAUUGUGUAUCCAAAUGGGACAUUGGCCAUGAAUGCUAGAGUACAAGAAGGGGACGUUUUUUGGGUGCCCCGGUACUUCCCUUUCUGCCAAAUUGCUUCAACUAAUAGCCCAUUUGAGUUCUUCGGCUUCACUACAUCAGCAAGGAGGAACCAUCCACAGUUCUUGGUUGGUAAGAACUCAUUGAUGCAGAGCUUGAGAGGUCCAGAAUUUGCUGCUGCAUUUGGAAUUGGUGAGAAAAGGCUUAAGAGGAUUGCGAAUGCUCAACGUGAACAAGUCAUCUUGCCAUCAUCAUCGUCGGAUUCUCCUCUGAGGAUGAACAUGGGUUUUUAUUAGUUUAGUGAAAAUUCUAGUACGUAGUUGGUCUCGUUGAGUUAUGGCAUGAGCUCAACGCCAGUUUUGGAACUUCGUUUUUCUUUUCUGUUUUCCUUUCAUUCGAUUUGAGUUUCCUUGGUCAUAUUAUAUGAUGCAAGACUCAUUGUCCUUUUGAGUUGUGAAUAAGACGGAUUGGUUUUUUUGACAUGAUUCUAUUUGUUGUUUGAACUCCAUUA